AUGAAUUCAUUCAUCUCAUUGCCCACGGGCCCAGCCCCGAGGGACACUCCUUCUGGGCGCGAACUCCGAAAAAAUGCUCUCUGCAAGCCUUACUCGAUGCCUACCCAGCCGAGCGUGCACAGUAACAGCGUCCUCAGCAGCGACAACGGCAUCCACUGGCAAUGGCGGAGACACGAAGACUGGGUCAAGGAGCAAUACCGCGGCAAAAUCGUGUGGAACUUCGAUCCAGCGAAGUUCAUCCAGGCUGUCUGGGGCUUUGGACCCGAGGAUGUACCACCCAGACGAUUUACGAGCGCGGGAAGACCUAGCGAAGGCUCCGCUCCGCUUUCCUUCAACUACAAGGCGUCCUUGCGUGCCUACUUGCUGGAGCGGAGGGAGAGGAAGUGCUACGUGCCGCUGGCGAACAUAGCUAACGGGCUGCUGAACCAAAUGUACGGCCCGAAGAGCGGCCAGCAGCGCGAACGUCGCGCGUUCCCGGCGCAGUUCAGGAAGCGCGACAGGAAGUACGAAGGCCGCUACAUGGACGAGCGGGUCGGUAUGACCUUCGGCACGGUGGAAUUGACUCGUGGGAAGUGGCCGCAAUGGGACUUCGAGGCCGCUUUCAUGGAGGUCAAGAAGACGAAGACCGACCGUGUACUGAGUCGCACAGAGUUGCUGCUGGUCGAUAGGGACGCAUGUCGUGUCGCGGAGACAAGCAAACGCAAACGAGCAUCUGCAGAUAACGGAACGGAACUGCCGAAGGCGAAGCGAGCACGGUGUACGCUCUCGGAUGACUCGGAGGAAGCCCAGGACGCUCCUGCGGCCGAGGACACACAGGCGAAGGAGGUCGAUCCCGUGCGGCCUCAGGAGGUCAAUAUGACGCACAACGAGGUGCAAGCGGUGCAAUACAUGAACCACUUGAUGUCGUCCAACGUGCGGUCGUUCGGGAUAGGCUGGCUGGUCGAGGACACCAACAUGCGCUUGUACUACGGCGAUCGGAUGGGCAUCGUCGUGACGAGGAAGUUUAAGUUCCUUCGCGAAGAAUCUCGGCUUUUCAUGAGAUGCAUUGCGGCUAUGGGUCAGGCGAGCGUGCACGGUAUGGGGAUUUUCCGUGAUCUGCACUUUCCGGAAAACAAGCAGAAGGAGACGGAGUUCGAGCGGUACGAGGGCUCUCAGUUGCGCAUAACGGCGCGGCGGCCUGAUGCCUCUGAGCCCGAGCCGUUCGAAUUCGACGUCGACGUCGACGGCAAGACGAGGUGGAUAUACACACAAUACGGAGCGCUGGGUCGGGGCACAAGCGUCAUCCCGAUCAAAGCGACGCUGGAGACAGACACGUACCAGCACUUCAAGACCGACAAGCUCGUAGCGAAGAUUGCCUGGCCAGAUGCGCUGCGCUCGGCGGAGGACUCCAUCGUUAUCGCCGUGCGUACAAAGCUGAGCGAGACGAAGCGGCAGUACCUACCGCACAUCGUGGACCUGAAAUGCUACGUGACGCGUACGAUCGAGGAGAUGAAGCUGCCUCGGGCUGCGAUGGGCCUCGACCAUGAUGACGAGCGCGUCUGCCGAGUGCUGGUAAUGCAAUGGUACCAACGACUGGAGACGGUCGAGUCCGUUGACGAUUUCAAGAAGGUGUACACUGACGUCGUGCGAGCUCACUAUUGGGUAUGGACGACGUCGCACAUUCUGCAUCGUGACAUCAGCACGAACAACAUCAUGUGGAUUCGCAUCGACGGCAGGCUGAAUGGUGUUCUCUGCGACUGGGAUCUAGCGGAGGAGACCAUCGACGUCAACAUUGCAUCGACGCGUGCUCGAGGACAUACUGGCACCGAUGAACUACCUGCAUCCGCGUCGAACAAAAGGGCUGAUGGCACUGCGACGCCGGCCGACGCAGGGCAAGUCACGUCGGGUGGUUCGCGUAAGAAGCCAAAGUACCCCACCGGCACAGCUCCGUUCAUGGCCAUGGACCUCCUGCACGUCGGUCCGCCGCCGUUUCAUUUGUAUCGCCACGACCUCGAGUCUUUCUUCUAUGUCCUCGUGUACGUCUGCGCGGUGUGGGAUCCGGAGAAGCGGAAGUUUGGCCACCUAAGUGUGUGGGAGCAGGGGACAUUGGUGGAGAUUGGGCGACACAAACACGACUUCCUGCUGGACCACACCGCUUAUGACAUAACGUUUAAAGCUGCCCAUCCAACUCUACAACAUCUCGCAGCUUAUGAGCCGGAGCCAGGCUGGAUCUCGAGCCUCGCUGCUCAAUUCGGCUUGAUUGAAGCCCACGGGUUCGAGAUCAGAUAUCUGAACUUCCAGAGGCUGCGCAAGCGAGGUACUAUGCACGAGGAGAGGAUUAAAAGGAUUGAGGCCGAACGCGAGAAUGAGAUAUCGUACGAGAUGUUCAUGGAGAUCCUGGGAGCACCUCUUGAUAUUUAG